AUGAGCAAUGCAAAAAUCAUAACCCUGUACAUUACAAUAAGUUGUCUUGCCUUUGUAACUUCGAAGAUCAUAAUAUCGAUUCUUCUCUACAAGAAAUGGAAACGAAAGCAUACAUCAGUUCAAGACAGUUACUCAGGUGGAAAAAUGGUGAUGUUCAGGCCUUCAACAACAAAAUCACUUAAGACAGAUGCAUUUUUGAAGAAGACACAUAAGUUAAGCAACAAAGAUAUUAUUGGGUCUGGAGGUUUUGGGACAGUGUAUAAACUUUGCAUAGAUGAAGGAACAUCAUUUGCAGUAAAGAGGCUUAACAGGGGAAGUGCAGAUCAAGACCGUGGUUUCGAGAGAGAAUUAGAGGCAAUGGGUGAUAUAAAGCACAGAAACAUUGUUACACUCUAUGGAUAUUACACUUCACCUCAUUAUAAUUUUCUCAUAUAUGAGCUAAUGCCCAAUGGAAGUCUAGAUGCAUAUCUACAUGGCAAAUUCAAAAAUAUGAAGCUUUUAGAUUGGUAUUCAAGAUACAAAAUAGCAUUAGGAGCAGCAAGAGGAAUAGCAUAUCUUCACCAUGACUGCAUACCUCACAUCAUCCACAGAGAUAUUAAGUCCAGCAACAUCUUGCUCGACGAAAAUCUUGAGGCUCGGGUUUCUGACUUUGGGCUAGCUACUUUUAUGGAACCCGAUAAGACUCAUGUAUCUACCAUUGUUGCUGGCACUUUUGGCUACUUAGCCCCAGAAUACUUCGAUACAGGGAAAGCAACAGCGAAAGGGGAUGUUUAUAGCUUUGGUGUCGUGUUAUUGGAGCUUUUGACAGGAAAAAAACCCAUGGAUGAAGCAUUUCUUGAGGAGGGAACAAAGCUGGUCACCUGGGUAAAGGCAGUUGUCCAGGAGAAGAGAGAAGAGCAUGUGCUAGACAGUAGCUUGGAGUCCUGCUCCAUCAACGAAGUAAAUUUCAUUUUUAGCAUUGCAUUGAUGUGCUUAGAGCCAGAGCCAUAUAAGAGACCGAAUAUGGCUGAAGUUGUCAAAAUGCUAGAGAAAGCAAAACCAGACAGAAAGAUUUCAGAUGUUUCAUCAGAUACUGCUGUGUGAAAGUAAUACUUGUAGAAAGCAGUGUUGAGCAUUUGUAGUCCCCUAUAUCAGUUCAUUUCAGAAAUAGAAAAUAGACUUUGGAUCA